UCGAACAGGUAAAGUUAAGAUCUUCUUUUAUCGGUACCAGGUGAACCGAAUUAAACAUGAAAAGUUCUAAUUUUUCAAACGAUUGUGCUCUCAAUAAGAAGAGUUUGGCAAAGCUAAUCUGUGAUCGUGAAGCCACAAUGGCUGAAUUUGCAACUCAAUCAGGGGAUGAAGAUCACACAGUUUCCCUGAAAGUUUUGGUAAACAAAGAGAACAAUAAAGUGGUCUUUGCUGAAGCAGGGAAAGAGUUUGUAGAUGUUCUACUGAGUUUCUUAACAUUGCCUUUGGGGACUAUUGCUAGACUCGUGGCUAAGGAGUCCAAUAUACAACCAGUUAAAGUUGGCAGCCUGAGCACAUUGUAUGAAAGUGUGUCGCAAAUUGAAGAAAAAUUUCUAUGGAUUCAAACGUGCAAGGAAAUGCUACUUCAACCAAGGAACUCUAUGGAAGAUUAUUGCCAAAAUAUAAAGCUGAAUAUUGAUGAGACUGAGCCUAAAAGCUACUACUUUUGUGAGAACUGGUUGGGAUGUGUUGUAAAGCCAUCCCUUGUGAGCACUUUUAGAAAUCAAAGAUGUGGUUGUGCAAAACUAAUGAACAGGGUGGUGCGAUCUUUAGACAUACUGUGCUUAGAAAAUGGCUUUGUUAAGGAAUCUGCUUCUUUUUUAGUUUCUGAUGAUCUUUAUAUAAUGCCUAAUGUUUUUGGAGCAAGUGCAAAUCUGUUUCUUAAGCUUGGAAUUGAAGAUAUGGAUAUUCUUGAGGAACAAAUUGUGGAUAUCACCAAGAAGGAGGUGGUGGACUUGCUAAAGUUUUCAUUGAUCUCAAGGACACCUAUGACAGAUUUAAUCUUAAGAAAGAAACAAUAUCUAGGUAAUUUUACCCCUAUAAGCCAAAACCUGCUUGAGACUGGAAAGAUACCAUCUGUUGAGGGUAGGAAAAUGGUUGUGAAAAUACAGAUAAGAAAAUCAAAUGGGAAGAUUCUGUUUGCUGAAGCAGAGGAAGAGUUUGUUGACUUUCUUCUUAGUUUUCUCACUUUUCCCUUGGGUGGAGUCCUUCACAUGGUUGAAGGAUUUUCUUCAGUAAGCUGCAUAGAUAGAUUAUAUGGAAGCCUGAAUGAACUGAGUUCUGACAGAUAUCUAAUAUCACAGGAACUCAAAGACAAACUAACUAACCCUGUAUGUGCUCCACAUUUUAACCUCAGCAACCAGAUAUUACCGAUUGGUGUAGAAAGUUUUCCUUGUACUUAUUCAUAUUUUGGAAAAUCAUAUAAUAUUGUUGAUCCUAAAUCCUCUACUGGAGAGUCUUCAAGUAUUCUUGGUUUUGUGAAAGGACCAAUAAUGUACAUGGUAACCGAUGACUUGGUUGUGACUCCAAUGUCGUCCAUUUCUGCUGUUUCAUAUAUCAAUACACUAAAAGUACCACUUUUUGACUUGGAGGAAAGGGUCAUUUCAAUUGGUGUGAAGGAGGGUCUUGGGAUAUUGAAAGCUUCAUUGACCUCAACAUUUGCUUUGACAGAAGGUUUGAAACACUUGAUAACACCUAUUGAAGAGAAGAAUGGUUCAAUCACUUCCAUAUUGUUUGAAGUUGUAAAAAGGAUUCUCACCAAGUGUAAUUUUGACCACAAUGUUUUUGGACUUUCCAUGGUUGUAUCACCAAAAUUGUGGUGGCAUUCGCUGCAUUUGUCCAAAGUUCUCUUCCAUGUCAAAGAUCACAACAAAACUAUUAUUUCAAACGCAGUUUAAAUCUUGGGUGAUGGAAUUUGUGUUCUUCAAAUUCAGUUCUAGAUAUAUAGGAGACCUAGCUUUUAUAAUGUUAUUGUGCUUUGUGUUUGGUGAAACGCGUCUUAUCAAAUAUAAUGCUAUUAACAGUUACUUAUUC